AUGACUUCUGGAGAAAACGAAGAGAAAAAGAAUCAGCUUUACAUCAGUGUACCAUCUUUAGUGAUUGUCAUUGUUGUACUGACAGUGUUGUGUGUAGGAUCUGGUGUGUUGUUGGGUUAUUACCUGAAGCUGUCACCGCAAAUUACCAACGCUGCUAAAUUUAGUAAAGCCAUUCAAGUUGACGAUUUAGAAUUGAACAAACAGAAGUCAUGCGAAAAGAGGGAUUUAAAGGCGAACGUUGAAGCGAUGAGUUUUUUAAAUCGCUGUGAAGACGAAAGUUGCAAAGCUGUGACAUGUGACCUGCCAAUAUCACGUAAUUAUAUUGUCUAUCGCACGGCACCAAAAUCUAUCAAAGUGGACGGUUCUUUGGAAGAAACUGCCUGGACAGAAGUACACUGGACAAAGCCAUUUGUCGAUAUACGAGGGGAAGACUUUCCACUACCUCGAUUUGAAACACAGGUGAAACUGCGCUGGGAUGACACUUACCUCUAUGUAGCAGCUCGUUUGCAAGAUACUGAUGUUUGGGCCAACAAGACCUUACAUGAUACCACAGUCUAUCAAGAUAAUGCUUUUCAGUUAUUGCUGGAUACAGAACGAAGCAACCACAAAUACAAAGAAAUUGUGAUAAAUGCACUCGGAACGGUCUCCGAUUCAAUGAUUUCAAGGCCAUAUUUGAAUGACGGUGAACCACUUUUCCUCUGGGAAAGUAAUCUUUUACGAGCUGUCUACAUAGAUGGGCCAAAAUUCGACGGAGGCACUGAUUGGUGGGUUUGGAAUUCGCCGGAAGUUAGUAACAUCCAUCUACCUGACAGGUGGGGCUUGCUGCAAUUUCGCACCGUACCUGUAAACAGCACGAUCUUCCAGCCAGAUCCAUAUCUGCCUCUCCAGAAAGCACUCAGUGAAAUUUAUCAGGCUGAACAUGCAUAUAAAGCAAACACAGGUAAAUACACUGAUGACUUCCGUCGCUUGAAACUACCGCCGUACGUCACAUCCGGUCAUUGUAUGCAAAAACCUCGUAUAAAACUAGACUGGGGUGGUUUUAUUGCAAGUACGAAACCAUUGGGAAAUAGUUUGAACCAGCUGAACAUCAGAACAGAUCGAUAUAUGUGGAUCGGUGAACAGACGUAA